AUAGAAGGUGUUGAAGUCUUGGUCAUGUGUUUUUCUUAUGAAUUAUCUAAUGAAUUUUUCGGUGUUUCAUUAAUUGUGUAUUUUUUCCUUAUUAACUGUGUUGAAUUGUUUUAAAUUACUGUGAUCAAAAUUUAAUUUUUUCAAGAUGAGUCUCUUCGAUUAUAAAUACUUGUCUGAGGAACAAAUGAAAGGUUUCGAUAAAUAUAAAUAUAGUUCCGUAGAUACUAGUCCUUUGAGUAAUUACAUCAUGCAUCCCUUUUGGAAUCAAGUUGUCAAGCUUGUGCCUUGCUGGAUAGCUCCGAACAUCCUGACAUUUGUCGGAUUUCUUUUAACUGUAUCAAAUGCUGUUUUGUUAUCCUAUUAUGACUAUUAUUUUUAUGCCUCAUCAUCUGGAUCCACAGAAAUACCUCUUUGGGUUUGGCUGGUCUGUGCCAUUAAUCAUUUUCUUGCUCACACUCUUGAUGGUAUUGAUGGUAAACAAGCUCGUAGAACAAAAUCAAGUGGUCCAACAGGUGAAUUAAUGGAUCAUGGAGUGGAUAGUUGGACAGCAUUGUUCGUUCCUUUUUGCAUUUAUUCAAUGUUUGGGCGCGCAGACUAUAGUUAUUCUCCAUUCCGUGUUCUUUUCAUCUUUUGGGCUGUUUUCAUAACAUUUUACCUCUCUCAUUGGGAAAAGUAUAAUACUGGUAUACUUUAUUUACCCUGGAGUUAUGAUUCGAGUCAAUUAAUUUUAUUCAUUCUUUACAUUGUGAGUUUUUGCUACUCUAAUGUAAUUUGGAAGAUUUCCAUACCUUACAUUAAUUUAACAUGCGGACAGAUAUUUGAAAUAGUCACACACGUCAUGGCUUUUGGUUUCUCUGUUCCAAUAACUAUAUUCAAUGUUUACAUAGGUUAUAAGAACAAAACAUUGAAACAACCCAACCUUUGGGAAUCUUUCAGGCCAUUGAUUUCGUUGGCCAUUCUCUUUUGUUUCACAACUUUUUGGGCUGCCUAUUCUCCUACUAAUGUAAUUGAAACUGAUCCAAGGAUGUUUUAUUUUAUGGUUGGCACGUUAUUCUCAAAUAUUUGUUGCCGACUGAUUGUUAGUCAAAUGUCAUCAACUCGAUGUGAAGGAUUCAAUUGGUUUCUACUCCCGUUAACAUUGAUUGUCACUGGUGUUUUUAAAAUGGAACUCUUGCAAGCGUAUGAAAUUCAAAUUCUGCGAAUUUUUGCAUUAUGCAUCACUUUUGCCCACAUUCAUUAUGGAGUUUGUGUGAUGCGGCAAAUGUGUAAACAUUUCAAAAUUAACUGUUUCUCUCUUAAGCCUUUAAAAGCAAACAAAACCUAUAAAAAUGGAGAUUUAGAUUGACAUAGAAUAUAAUAUAAUUUCGUUCUGGUGUUUUCAAUGAAUCAAAAUUGAGUGAGAUUAAUUUUUCUUAUUAACAUUGUUUUCUACAACUCUUUUUUCAAGCUGACGAUCUGCUCAUCCAUAUAACUUUCAAUCAAGACUCAUCUUUUCUUAUAGACAAAGUAUAGGACAAUUAACUUCUCUGCUAACAAGUUAAUUGAAAUCAAAUUUUGCCAUUUUUGAGAAAAAAUUGAGCCGAUCAAAUCUCAUAACCUUCCAUGCUCGUCUUCAUCAUAUUAUUAAUGCCUCUUCAGAGUGAAAAAGGCUAUUGUUAAUUUUCUUCAUCACUUCAUUGUCACAUCUUCGCAAAAUUCUGCUCUAUCCUACCAACUUUUCUCAUAAUUAUCUUCUGCUGAUUGCAAAUUGCCACAUUGACACAGUCAUCUACUCGUUAAACCUGAAAGAUUCAAGAACUGGAAAUUAGCAAAUUACAGUGUUAAAUGGACAGCUCCAGAUACCACUGAAACAAAAUAGCUGAUGAAAGGAUGUCCGAUGUUUUGAAAUUCAACAAGGUACAAUCUUGAGAGGAUUACUUAGCCUGCUUGAUGCAUUCUUAAAGAAUCCUUCAAAUGGAGAUCAUUUGACCAUCUAACAGACUCCAGUUACAAUCCUUUCGUGGCUAUUUUGACUAACAAAACCUGGAAAUCAUUAUGAAGACCAGAAAAGUGUUGGCUUAUUUAAUUUAUAAAUCAAAGAAUAGUCAUGGUUAAUUUUCUUUUGUGUUUUGAUGGUUUCUACACGCCAUCUUGUUUCCUACACCCAAUCGCAUUCAUCAAUCAGUUGCUAACCAAAGAGAAAAAAGAGAAUUUUGAAAGAUAUGAACAAUUAAUUGAUGUCAAGUCAAGUCAUCCAGAACUCCAAAGAUGCUGCGUUCAUGAUAAAUUUUCUGAUUUCCGUCUGGUUCAGAAAAUUUAGUUCAGAUGAUUAUCACCAACAAUUUUUUGGGCUAUGGUUUAUUAAUUUAUUUGUACAUUUUUGUUUGUCCCUUUCUCUUUCUAUUAAUAUGUCCAACCUAUGUUCACGCUCUGUUUUGAGUGAAUCAAUUUGAGCUGGAUCUUAAUUCAAACUUUCUAUGUCUUGCAACUUUAUCACGCUAUAUUUUACAAAAUGUAGCUUUUUCAAUUUCAUUAUGAAUGUUAAAUUUAAAUUUUGCCCUCGCAACAAUUUUUUGUUUCAAAGAAAAUGACUUUUUAAUAAACAGCUAUUACAGUCAAGUACCUGAAAA